AUUGUAAAUCCAUGUGGUUGCAGUGCGGCAUUUGUUUACCGGCAUUUGUUUACCGUCCGCUAGAGUACCGGCAUAUAGCGCCUGUGAUAUUCAUAUUCACAGUCAUUUAGUAUUCACGUUGGAUAGCCAUACGCUACGCAGCGCUGGGCAUAAGUUAAUAGUUAACUCGGCAGUCUGUACUCCCGUCUUGGGCCAUCCGAGCGUUUCAGCAGGUUCUCUACAUCGACCCAGGCUUCCAACGGGCCAAUGAGGUUCAUCUGCGUCUGGGUCACAUGUUCAAGGUCAACUCGGACUAUGAGUCCAGCCUGAAGCAUUACCAGCUAGCGCUCAUCGAUUCCUCACCUUGCUCACUCACCAAAGCUGAAAUCAAGUUCCACAUUGCGCAUUUGCAUGAAAUACAGGGCAAGUUUCAAACAUCAGUGGAAGCCUACGAAGAAAUCCUGUCUUUUAUUCCACUACCGGAUACCGUCAAAGCCAACUCGCUUAGACAACUGGGUUGGCUCCAGCACAGCUGCGAGCAACUUGGCGACAGCGCUUCCCGGGAGACCAAGGCCAUCCAGUUCCUGAUCAAGUCCCUGGAGGUGGAUCCCAACAGCGGCCAGUCCUGGUACUUCCUGGGUCGGUGCUACUCCAGCGGCGGUAAGGUCCACGAUGCCUUCACGUCCUACCGGCACUCCAUCGACAAGUCGGAAGCCAACGCUGAUACCUGGUGCUCAAUAGGAGUGCUUUACCAGCAGCAGAAUCAACCUAUGGACGCCCUCCAGGCCUACAUAUGCGCUGUACAACUGGAUAAAACCCACGUAGCCGCCUGGACCGAUCUUGGGAUCCUCUACGAAGCUUGCAGCCAACCCAAAGAUGCACUGACGUGCUACAUGAACGCGUCCAAGUGUUCGAAGAAUAGUGGCACGACGUCGUUAGGCCCGCGAAUCAAACUAUUGCAAGCACAGGUCAACGCAUCGCCUCAACUACAUAUGCAAACAAAAAGUAAAACACUGCCAAGUAUCGAGGAGGCAUGGAGUCUUCCUAUUCCCGCUGAGCUGACGUCAAGACAGAGCAACAUGACUACAAUCCAACAGGCACGCAUGAUACCCCCCUCCGUCGCAGUCACCAAAGCCAUGCCGCCCCCGCCCUACCCCAACCAACUAACCAGUCAACUCACCGUGCCCAAUGCCGCCGCACCCAACUGCCUGCCGAGCCAGCCGACGCCCGUCUCACUGGGCGGAGGAGUCCAGAGCAACACCACCUCCUCUGGCUCGACGACCCCCCAACCCGGCAAUGCACCCAAGCGCCGAAAAAACUCUGCUGCACAAAAGAAGAAGUCUUCCACCUCAGUAGCUGAGCUUCUGAGUAUUCAUCAGCAGCAGCAGCAACAGCAGCAACUGCUGCAGCAACAGCAGCAGCAACAGCAGCAGGUCUUACAGCAGCAGCAGCAACAGCAGCCAGGCUCCAAGCAGCCUGUCGGACCACGUGAGCAGCAGCCGCAGCCGCCAUCGCCGCCGUCGUUCUACCUGACGCCGCAGCAGGUGGCGCUGCUGCAGCAGCUGCAGCAGAACCAGUCCAGCUUGAACGCCGAGCAGACCGUGGUCAUGCAACACCUGCAGCAUAAUCUGUGGCUCAUGCAGCAGCAUCACCAACAGAUGUUAAAAAAGCACCAGCAGAUGCAACAACAGCAGGAACAGCAGCAGCAACAGCAGAACGCAGGCGCUCAACUGCAACUCCCAAACAGUGAUGCAAGCGGCGGCAUUCAGCAACCACCCAUGCAAAGCCUUGGUGGCCUUCACAACGUAUCUCAGCUGGGGGACUCCAGGCCGGGCCAGGCCCAUCCGGCAGACUCCCUGCCUGCUUCCUCGGGAUCAGACCUGCUGAGUCGCACUACCGGUAGGAAUGUGGUGUCAGCAGUGGGAUCGGGAGUAGUGGUGACGGCCAACGGAGGAGGUCAAGCUGUGUGCACGGGAGGAGCCUUUGUAUCUGCGGGAAACACAGUCACCAGUGUUGGAUUUACAAGUCUUGGACUUGGCGUAUCGAGCGCGCAAGCACCUGGGCUGAGUUUCGCUAGACAUCCUUCCCCAGCCGAUACGCCGAAGACCCAGGAGUUAUUCAACAAUCAGACUGUGCCCGGCUCCUUACAGAGCCGGUCCAUCACAGCGUCCCCGUUGCACGGGCCCAAGAGGAUGGUCACACCCCCCGGACCUGCCGGCAGCCCCCAGACAACAUCCCUCCAAAAGACGCUGGACUCCCCCGCGCCCAACGUGGUGGCUCCGCAUGACAUGAACCAGAAGCUGGCCGAGUUCAAAUCUCGGACCGGGAGCACAGCGGAGCCCCAGAGCCUCAUGUCCCCUCAGGAAAUUGCGGACUCUAUGCUGGCUCAGCUGUCUCACACGGACAACACCUCGAGCAGAAGCAGCGGCAAUUUCAUGGGAGGCAGCUCCCCGAGUGAAAACCCCACGGGCGUAAGGCACAGUAGCGUUGGCAAUGCAUUUUUCAGUACUAUGCCACCAGGCAUGGGGGCAGGGGUGUCGCAUGAAUCCAACAGUUCAAGACACGAGGGAGGCGUCUUCAAGACCCCGCCCCCAGUCACCUCAAGCGUCAACUCCUUAGAGAGUAUCUUCUCGCAGACAUUCCAUCCUGGUGCUGAUGCCAAGCCCAAGACACCGGAGCACAGAGCCGCCGGGUUAGGCUCUCCCCUGCAUCCCGCAGGCCCCACCCACAGCAUGGACGGAAUAAACAGUGUCGUAACCGGACUGAAUAACGCCAUCUCAAAUUCAGCCUCGCCCGCCCAGUCUGUUGGUACUCCGCCGAGUGUAUCCAGCCAGUUAUCACAGAUGGAGUGUGGGACCGGGGAGCAUGGAAUGAACGCUUUGUCGGGCAGGGGAUCCCCCAUGGGUAGCUCUCUGGUGCGGAGAGACGGCGUAACUGCAGGCUGUGUGCAGAAUCAUGUCAACGGCAUGGGAACCGGUCGAUAUGAUCAGACGUUAUCAGUCAAUACUUCCAGCGUGUCCAGCCGUGGCAGUCAGGCCGCUUCCCCCUGCCUGUCCCCCUCGGGUCUCUCCAUCUACUCCAGCUCGGCUAAGGUCCUGGAGGCCUGCCGUAAGCUGGGCAAGAACGGACUGCGCAUCAACAGCAUCUUGCUGGAGAAGAUGCCGCCCCCUGCACCCCCGCCAGCCCCCUACCCACCCCUGCCCAAAGAUCAACUCAAUCCGCCUACGCCAAACAUCUACGUGGAAACCAAGGCUGACGCCUACUCCCCGACCCUGGCUGAAUACUGCACCUCGCCGAAGCAGCCCAUCACGGUCAUCCGUGGUCUCGCCGCGGCCCUCAAGCUGGACCUGGGACUGUUCUCAACAAAGACGCUGGUUGAGACGCACGGUGAUCAUCCGGUAGAGGUCCGAACACAGAGGCAACAACCUCCCGACGAGAACUGGGACCAAGCCGGCCUGAAGAAAGUUUGGAAGUGCGAGAGUAGUCGCUCCUUCACCACCAUCACCAAGUACGCCCAGUAUCAGGCCUCCUCAUUCACCGAGAGUUUGAGGGAAGAAAAUGAAAAGAAGUUUAUGGCAGAUGACCCAUUCUCGGCCAAAAGGAAAAAGAAAUCCAACGGGGGCGUGGCUCCCGGAGUAAGAGAAGGCGGCAGAGAAGGCGGACGGGAAUUCAAGAUGCUCAAGUUUGGAACAAACGUCGAUCUCUCCGACGAGAAAAAGUGGAAGAAACAGCUGCACGAGUUGACCAAGUUGCCGUCGUUUACGCGCAUCGUGUCGCCGGGCAACAUGCUGAGCCACGUCGGCCACUCCAUCCUGGGCAUGAACACGGUGCAGCUGUACAUGAAGGUACCGGGGAGCAGAACACCGGGUCAUCAAGAGAACAACAACAUGUGUUCGGUGAACGUCAACAUUGGUCCAGGUGACUGUGAAUGGUUCGCUGUGUGUAACUCCUACUGGGGCACCAUCAUGAACCUGACUGAGAGGUACAACAUCAACUUCCUGAAGGGUUCGUGGUGGCCGGUUUUAGAAGACUUGUACGAGGAGAAUGUCCCUGUGUAUAGAUUCAUACAGAGACCAGGCGACCUGGUGUGGGUCAAUUCAGGGGCUGUGCAUUGGGUGCAGGCAGUGGGUUGGUGCAAUAACAUAGCGUGGAAUGUGGGUCCGCUGAUCAGCAGCCAGUACAAGCUAUCAGUGGAACGCUACGAGUGGAAUAAGCUGCAGGGAUACAAGUCCAUCGUUCCCAUGAUUCACCUCUCCUGGAAUAUGGCUCGCCACAUCAAGAUUAUCGAAGCCAAACUCUUUGAGAUGAUCAAGUACUGCUUGUUGCGGACGCUGAAACAAACGCAACUCACGCUGGACUCGCUCAAAGACAUUGGAGUGGAGGUACAUUGGCACGGCAGAGCGAAAAACGAAACGGCGCACUACUGCGUCAACUGCGACGUGGAAGUGUUUAACAUUCUCUUCACGACGGAGAAGGAUCGCAAGUACGAGGUACACUGUCAGGACUGCGCCCGCAAGGCCAGCCACAACCUGGAGGGUUUCGUCGUCCUGGAGCAGUACAAACUCAAAGAUCUGAUGGACGUCUACGAUGCCUUCGUCCUUCAUGUACCGGAAAAGGAUGAGAACCGAGGCUCCACAUGACGGAGGGUCUGCGGCCAUUCAGCUGCUGCCGAGUACCAGCUAUGGUCCACGACUGAAUCCCCGUUACGUUAACAAAAAAACAAAACAGCAGCAAUGCAGAGUUGACUGCCCAAUGCCCCAAUACCCCGAGUCAAACUCAAAACAGAGCCAGAUGAAAAGUGAAGAACAGUUGAAAGCGUCAGUUGGAUUCACGGAGGAAAAAGUUCAACGUAUGGCUCUAGUUAGACUGAAGAAGUGUUGGAUGUGACGUCAGAGCCCCUGAGAAAUGAGAAGUAGCCCUCAGUAGUCCGAAGUUGGAGAGGUUCCACGUGCUGUUCAGCGUAACGUGCCAACAUGUCCCAUGACGUAAUGUAGAACCUUGCCCGUAAUCACCGCCUCAUUUCAAUAAAGAGAAAACAUUUGAAUGGCAACACAGCUGGUGAACCAAAUGCCUUGUUGUCACCCUCCAACUCGACAAUCAAGCUUGAUUGUGAAUCUUCGAAAGUGUGGAACAUCCUUAAUAUAUAUAUCACUGUAUUGAUAUGUAUAUCACUGUAUUGAUAUGUCACUGUAAAGUGUUUGGAACGGCUAACAGAACUCUCAAUGAAACUUUACUUUUUAACGACAUCUGCGUUGAAGGGAUAUUUUUACAACUUUGGAACCCACAGUCAAACUUGGAAACACUGCUGGACGCCAGCGAGUCCGCCUGCCGACUACCAGUGAUUUUUUUCGCUGAGACACCCAGUGUAACUGCUGCCCACAAAGGAUUGUUUUUUACCCCUCAGCCGAGAGGCUUGAGGGGUAUUGUUGUACAUGACUCCACCCGACGAGCACCUAGAAGGCAGAUGUCACCCAAAUUUAGUCCACUUCACUCCGGUAAACACCAGCAUCCUGUGGUAUCGUCACGAUGUAGGGAACUGUACAGCACCAGGAUGCGAUUCUUAAAGACAACACGGAGUACGAAAAGUAAAAUCUAGAGUACCACUCGUGAAAAAGAAGUUGUGUGAUUGUGAACACACAAGAAACCCUUGUUAAAACUUAAUUUGAAACUUCAAGCGUGGACCGACUGGCAAUUUCGUGGGACGGCCAUUUAAAUUUUUUUCCCCGUAAGUGGGUCCCGACUGUUGAAAAAACUUAACCACAACAUGAAAUGCUGCAUUGAUCAUGUUGAGCAUGCGAUGUACCGGCGUCGAGGGAUAACGUAGAACUAAAAUUCUAUGAGGAACCUUCGCAUCGGAAGUUCCCGUAGUGUCUGUCAGAAACAAAUGUGAAAGUUUGGAAUCGUCUGUGAAUUUUGGUUUUUCUUCUUGAUUUGUUUAUGUAGCUUUUUUUUUUUUUUUUACACUGGCCGAGUGUACAGUGUGAUGAACGCAAAAAGGCACGUAAUUAUGGAAUUCACUUUGUACCUACAAAUUUUAUUUUUUGCUUUCGAUUUUUGGUUUUCCAUUUUAUCAAGUUUGAAAUCCAGUUCUCUAGCCUUGAAGCGUAUUGUAAAGUUGUCACCAACAGCGAAACGACAAUUAGAAUUUUUAUUUCAUUAUUUUGAGAUCUGUUGAUAUUAAGCACACAACCACGACAACACUGUUCAAUUUUGUUCCAAAAAGCUUAACGUCAUAAAAACUGCACCAAUUUACCACUACAAGUUUUUGAGACGCCAACAUUCAUGUAUCGGACAGCACACAAAAGUAGUAAAACUACUGUAGAAUUAAAACUUCGGUUUGACAAAAAAAAUGGUAAUUCCGUAAUAAGAAAAGUUGCUUAAUAAAUUUUUUUUUUACAAAAUAUGAUUUUAAACGUCCCAUUUAAAAAAGAAAGAAAUUGUCUUGCUGGAAGAAUGGAUAAACGUCCUUAUUCGGAGUGAACCUUAACAUCUAUGCAAAUUCCUUCGUUGGUUGUCCCUUUUUGUGUAUGAGAGCGUCUAGUCGAAUAGGCUUUUUUUGGUUGAAAAUUCAUGUUAAUUUACUGUUUACAUUUAAAAGGAUUGAAACAUUCAUGGUUUUUGUCAAGUUUUUUGUGGCCAAUGUGGUAAAAACGUAUUAGUCUCGGUCUCUCGGAUACAAUCAAGACCUGAAUCGCUGCUGUUAAAAUGACAACAGGUCCUUUUAUGCUUAGCGGAAAGUUCGCAAAACUUCUAACUUUAACACUAAUCUGCUGGAUACCAGUCAUGAGCAUUAGGAAUUGCGUGAUAUUUUGGCUGGUGACCAGCUUUCGCUGAGCAGAUGUCUUCUGUGCUGAGCUCCAGGGAAUUACCGAAGCCCAUGACAGAAAACUCAGUGCCAAAACAAUCAGAAAAAGGGGGGAAAAAAUUGUCAAAACCAAUGGACUGAAUAUUUGCUGAUGGAAUACUUACCUGUCAAUAAGUUUAUUUCUUUUUUAGUUUCUUGAUUGUGUCUGGUGGAAAAUCACGUCUCAUUAUUUGUUUGGGAGAAAAAUGGGAGAAAAAUGUUUGACGGUAUUCAGUUCAGAUGGAAAAUGAAUUCUAAUACUCUACUAAUGUUCCCUAAUCUUUGAAUGAAUGCAUGUUAAGCAGUAACUUA